AUGCACUCCAUGAAAUCGCCCAUGGGCAAUCUCGACCCUCGUGUGACGAUGACUGAUCCGGUAGAUGUCUUACUUUCCCCUUCCUUUGCAUCAGUGCUCGCUUUUGAUGAGCCGAAUGAACCGGGCCUCCAGGAUCUCAUAGCACUCGACGAUGAAAAUCACUGCGAGCACGCUAUGGGUUGGCACGGCCAACCUGGACCCAGUGGCACGCGUGACUCGUCUCUCAAACAGGGCACUUUCAAGCGGCCUCCAUACCCCCGACUCGAAUUGGAUGUUGCCAUGGACAGAUACCAUGCUCUCGAUGGGCCUGCAGAACUAUUGAUCCCACAAAACACCCCCGACUCAGCGAAUGGUAGCCCCAGCGAAGGGCAUCGAGGGUACAAAACCGAUAAUCUACGAACUCGUUCCGCUCCACAGGCACCUGUAUUGACGCUAGAUUGGCUUGGAGACGCGGAGUCGAUAAAUCCACGAAGUGAGGGAAAGGGAAAACGCCAGCCACCGAAGCGUUUGUUUUCGGUCUCAGAUGAACCACGUUCUCCUUCACCAACUGCUCAAGGAAAUCACGAAUACUCGACCGUGAAUUUCUCCCCCAUCAAAGGCCUUGCUGAAACUAUAGCUACGAGAUGUGUUCGGUUCUCUCCACCUGAAUCUCCUCAAUGUCGGUCCCCUCGUUCAGGCUCACGUCCUCUCCCAUCAGUGGAGCGCAAGCAGGACUACAUCUCUCUUUACCGGCAGCAAAAGCAGCAGGAGAAGUGGAAAGGCGCUUCCCGUGCUUUUGCUCCACGAGUUUCUCCACGUCGCAGCCCUGUCAAGGCGCAGCCAUCGGCGAGUUUGAAUCCACGACCGGAAAUUCGCUUUUCGUCCCUAUCCAAGGUGCUCUUCCGCCAGGAUGACCUUGCAACUCGCCUCCACGGCACGCAGCGGGCACAAAGCCCAAAGGCAGAUCCCAUGCUCGAAGACGCCAACUCCGACAAAGAUUUCCUGCCACAGGAACGAGUGUACGACCUUGUUGUUCUGAAUCUCGGCCUGUACCGACCUCGGCACCCCGAGCAUCUUCCGCGCGAUUCAAAAUGGGCAUUUGUGCGAGUUCGAAUGAGCCCUACUUUCAUACCAGCCGGCAGCUUAGUCGAGGAGGCACAGGGGACGAAGCAGAUCGUAUGCCGCCUACCAGCCGAAGACUUGCUUCUUCAUUUCAUUGUCGUUGUGCCCUAUUAUUUUAUGCGUAUCCCUCUCAGUGCGCUCGUUAAGGCCGGUCGACUGGCAAACUCUCGAGCAAGCCUUACAGUCCUCGAUAUCUUCAGAAUUGCCUGGGCCCUUAUAGUCGCCUUCGCCAAAUUUGUGGCAUAUCGAGUUUGGGGCAUGAAAGUCGGUCAUGAUGCGAAGGUCAAGGCUCAGUACCCGGAAAAAGCUCACCGAUCUUGA